UUUUCCAAUAUGGCGGAUUUUAAGCAGCUUGAAUUAGACGAGGAUUUGGCAACAGGAAGGUCCAGUCGCUCAGAUAAAAAGUUUGAUACAACUGUUGGUCACAUAGAAGAUAUAAUUAUGGAGGAAAAAUUUCAGUCAAUGCAGCAUGACUUCAAAGAGAAGUACUACCAACACUUUACAGAUGAAGAAGAAAACAAGCUUAUAUACAUGGAUAUAUUCAAGGAAUAUGUUUCCCUAGUGGAAAAUUACAUCGAAGAAGAGCUUAAAAAAAGAAUAUCAGGUUUCUCCAUGGAAGAGUUUUCAAAGUCUCUAGAAAGCCGCCAGGACCAAAUUGGAGGAGACAUUUUUGAAAUGCUAAUGAGCUUUACAGACUUCUUGACCUUCAAAGAAAUGUUCUUAGAAUAUAAAUCCGAAAAAGAAGGAACAGGAAUGGACUUUAGUGAUUUGUUAACCAUCACAUCAAGUGGCACAUCACCAUCAGAUGAACACCACAGAAUGCAGGUUGAUCCUGAGUCACCAAGAGAAGGACCCUCCUCAAGCAGAUAGUGUUUACAAAAAAAGGUCUCAACUUUGAAAGAUUUUGAGCUCUAUCGACUCCUUUUGAACUUUGUGUGUUUGGAAUAAAACCAUACAGAUCUUUGUAGAUAGGAAACACAUUCCUGAGAGCACUGAGAGUUCUUUCUUGCUCUGUGAUGUACUCCUCUUUUUUACUUUUCAUAAUCAUAGUAUGACUAAAUAAGCAAGUAGAUUUUUGCAUGUUAGACAACUGAUCUCAAAGUGUACAUGGAUAAUACUUAUCACACAGCUGGCUCUGAGAGUGAGAGACAUGAAGCAAGUCCUGUAUUCUAUUCAGCUGCAUAUGGGUACAAGUUUUUCUGCCUGGGAUUGCUCACUUUAAUAAUCACACAGCAAAAAAGAUAAAACGUACCGGUAGUUGGUUUACAUACAGAAAUGUGCAAGUUCAAAGUAACUUAUUACACUAUUCGGAAAAGUGUUCUGCCCAGUUCUGCGGGCAAGAGAGUCCGUGUAUUUCUUUAGACAAAUGUCAAACAAAGAAAAUUACAACAUGUUAAGGGCUUCUGGUUUUGUGAAUUCAUUUGGCAAUUUUUUCGGUGUAGUCUAUAUGCCAUAAUUAUAGUAAUCCUUUAUUGAUCAAGCUCAUUUGGUUAAGAUAGCUGGAUAAGCACACAAUUCGUGGUAAAUAUCCAGCUAUGUUUACCUCAGUCAAUGAAUCACAUUUACACCGUUACAACUUGUUAUAUAUGAUUGUUGUGGGGAAUUGCUAAGAGAAACAAUAUCAAUAUCUGAGCACAAAGUAGAAAAAAUGAAAAAUAGUUGAUCCCACUCAAUUUAUUUUGAACCUUUUUCGUUCUCUAGUGCACAUUAAAUGUGCCCUUAAUGUUUUUUUCCGACAACGUUGUCUUGGAUUUGUUUGGUAAUGGGACCUGAAUUAAAUUUUACGUGUUCGUUUCAUCAAGGAGUUUGAAAUCGUCGUCCAAAGCUACAGAUGCAACAAUGUGCACUAAAUUGGGAAGACUUGAAACACCCAAACCUCCACAACUUUUUUGGUUUUCGUUGUUAUCAGCAUCUCCAGCUCAUGUCUCAUGUUACUUUGUAACUGUUACAAGAAAAUAGUAUUUAAUGUAUUGGAGAUAGAGAGGCAAAGGAAUCAUUUGUUGUAAUUAUUGUAAUAAAGUGUUUAAUUUAA